CAUUUUAUUAACGCUUCGUAACGCACUCUAAAUAUUAUAACUAAUGCUUCAAGCGUUUUAGAAUUGGUGAAACGGGUGAAAUACUGCAAAAAUAUGGCUAAAAGUCCAGCUGUAGGUAUUGACUUGGGUACUACGUACUCAUGUGCUGGUGUGUUUCAACAUGGAAGGGUUGAAAUCAUUGCCAACGAUCAAGGAAACCGAACAACGCCAAGUUAUGUUGCCUUUACUGAAUAUGGACGUCUGAUCGGCGAUGCUGCUAAGAACCAAGUAGCCAUGAAUCCUACCAACACAGUUUUUAAUGUAAAACGUUUGAUUGGCAGAAAGCUUAAUAACGCAGAAGUUCUGUCUGACAUGAAACAUUGGCCUUUUACUGUCAUCAAGGAUGGCUUUCGCCUAAAAGUAGAAGUAGAAUAUAAAGGAGAAAAGAAGCGCUUUUUCCCAGAAGAAAUAUCAUCAAUGGUGCUGACAAAAAUGAAGGAAACUGCUGAAGCUUAUCUUGGGAAGAAAGUGACUGAUGUGGUAAUUUCUGUUCCAGCAUAUUUCAAUGAUUCACAACGUCAGGCUACAAAGGAUGCUGGUGUAAUUGCUAAACUCAAUGUCCUUGAAAUCGAUAAUGCAGCAACAUUAGCUGCCAUUGCCUAUGGUUUGGAUAAAAAAAUUGGAUCUGAAAAGAAUGUGAUGAUAUUUGACUUGGGUGGUGGUACAUUAGAUGUGUCGGUUCUUGCUAUUGAAGAUGGUAUCUUUGAAGUAAAAUCAACAGCUGGGGACAAUUACUUAGGUGGAGAAGAUUUUGAUCAGUAUAUGGUUGAACACUUUAUCAAAGAAUUCAUAAGAAAACACAAGAAAGACAUUUCUAGCAACAAGCGUGCGAUGAGCCGCUUACUUACACACUGUGAAAGAGCCAAGAGAACUCUGUCGUCCAGUACGCAAGCCAAUGUAGAAAUUGAUUCACUAUUUGAAGGCAUUGAUUUCUAUACCAGCAUUACCCGUGCAUGCUUUGAAAAACUUUGUGAAGAUAAAUUCCGUGCUACUCUAGAACCUGUUGAAAAAGCAUUAAAGGAUGAGAAUCUUGACAAGAAUCAAAUUCAUGAUAUUGUUCUUGUUGGCGGUUCAACUCGUAUUCCAAAAAUUCAAAAAUUGUUGCAAGAAUUCUUUAGUGGGAAAGAGUUAAACAAGUCAAUCAAUCCUGACGAAGGUGUUGCCUAUGGUGCUGCUGUCAUAGGUGCCAUCUUGUCUGGUGAUAUAAGUGAUGAUGUUAAAGAUCUUUUGCUUAUCGAUGUCACUCCAUUUUCCCUUGGAUUUGAAACUGCUGGUGGUGUCAUGAAAGUUGUAAUUACAAGAAACACAACCAUCCCAACAAAGAAGAUACAGACGUUCACUACUUACUCACAUAAUCAGUCAGAUGUACUCUUUCAAAUAUUUGAGGGUGAACAUGCCAUGACUGCAGACAAUAAUCUACUUGGCAAGCUUGAGCUGUCGGGUAUUCCUCCCUUACCAAAAGGUGUCCCUCAAAUUGACGUCACAUUUGACGUUGAUCGUAACAGCACACUCAAUGUUUGUGCAGUUGAAAAAACUACUGGCAAAGAAAGUAGAAUGACCAUUACUAACGAUAAAGGAAGACUAAGCAAGGACGAUAUUGAUAGAUUGAUUUCCGAGGCUGAGAAGUACAAGGCUGACGAUGAUAAGCAAAGGGAACGUGUUGAAGCUAAAAAUUGUUUGGAAAGUUAUGUCUUUCAAACAAAACAAGCAGUUUAUGAAAUCUUACAUAAAUGUGAUGAAGUUAUCUCCUGGUUAGAUUCCAAUGAAAAUGCAAAAAAGAAUGACUAUACCGAUAAACAAAAGGAACUGGAAACGAUCCGUAAUGAAGCUAUCACUAAAGUAGGGCAGGAUGCAGAGAGUGCUGUUGGCAUGUCUAGUAGAAUGCCUGAUGGUCUUCCUAAUAAAAUAUCUGGUGAUUUUCCAUAUCAAGAAUCACAAGGCCCAACUGAUAAAGAUGAUGAUUUCAUUUAAUACACAAUAUAAUUUAUACUAGUUUGAAUAACAACGUAUAUAUCAUCAGUUUGUUUCUUUUCGAAUCUUUCUGGAAAUUUUGUUACGUAUUUAGAGAUCACAACUGCUUCUCAAACGCUAACUCAUUAAUUCUUCUAGAUGUAAGAACAUUGAAUAAUUUCACAUUCAAAUCAAAACUAUAGAUAUUCGCAUAUUUACUGUCAAAACAAAGCGAGUAGUAAUCAUGUGUAUUAUAAUUAAACAAUUAAGAUUUCUUGCACAAUUUUAUUCAAAACUACAAAGCA